GGACGAUAAUAUGGCCAAAACAAUCUGGCAACGCUGCUAGUGUGUGACUGUGUGUAGGUGAGGCUGUAAAGGUUGUGCAUGGUUUGGAGUGGUUUGGUGGAGUUACUGGAUUGUGUAGCACUGUGGCAGGCCCCAGGAAAUCACUUCCCGUCAGGAAGCAGCAGGGGAGCAGCGCCAGUGCUUGAGGAGGAGUCGAACAGGCAGAACAUCCAAGUUGCCCAAGUUGCAGCGCCUGGUUGAAAACGUUUUGCUGUCGCCUUUCAGUCAGUACCUACAGUAUGGUGAUGUGCACCAGCAAAACCACUGCAUACUGAACCCUUGCCAGUAACCUGCCAUGAGACUCCCACUGGCCACACAUGAUCAUACCAAAAAUUAACAACUCAUAAGCAAAAACAAGAACUUCACAGUUUAUAGUUAUUAGGUCUUGACGAUGGGACGUGAUAGGGAGAGGGAGAGAGAUCGUGGGGAACGAGACCGCUUCCAUCGUCACAGAUCACAUUCACGGGAGAGAGAGCCAGGGCGUCGAGACAGAGACCGAGACAGGGAACGAGAGAGACGGGAAAGGAGGACCCGCUCAAGGACACGUUCCAGAUCAAGAUCACCACGCCCCCAUCGCAGAUCCUCCCCUGUCUACCUGGCAGGACCUUCAGGGAAGCAUGAAGAGGCUCCAGCUCAGGCCCUGACAGAGGAAGAGAAGCAAAUGAAAGAGCUUCUUGGGUUUUCCUCCUUCCACACAACUAAAGGCAAGAGAGUGGAGGGCAACAACGUGGGCGCAGUCCAUGUAAUUAUGAAGCGAAAGUACCGCCAGUACAUGAACCGCAAGGGUGGCUUUAACCGGCCUCUUGACUUUGUGGCCUAAGAUGAUGUGGUGGCACUGGUGGUGAUUGUAGUGUUUGGAAUGAUAACCCAUUUACAGGACAAAAGGUUCUCAUUUAUGUGGACAAACUUAUGGUGGACCUGAUGUGUUAAUGUGUUGUACAGUAAUAGUUGUAUUUUUGGCAAAUUUGCCAUGUGCAACAGAUUUAAGAUAACACAGUAACUUAUGCUGAAGGAAAAGCAUAUUUGAGAGAGUUAUCAUGAACUCUUCAGCAAACAGUGUUUUAAUAAAACUGGAAGAACUAAUUUUUUGGCCAUUGUUUUUUUUUUCUUUUUCAUGAUUUAUCACUGAAAUAUUUAUUUUGUUGUUUUCAUGAAUAAUCUGAAUGUAUCAUUAAUUUGAAUGUACUGUUUAUAAUUUAUGUGAUUAUGAUUUAGGCUUGGUAUUCUUUUUCAUAAUGCAAUAAAUCCAACAGUAUGAUUUGAACACUAUUUAGACCAGUGAAUGAUGCUGUAUACAUACUGUUAUAACAAGAUAUGUCUAAGUUUUUUUAUGUAAGUGGUAUGUAUUGUGAGUUUUGCACAAUGGUAGUGUCAUAAUGAGGUUUAACCUGCGUGUGUUGCUACAGUGCUAAUUGGUAAGGAUUUGUAUUGGGAAAAGACUGGCAAGAGGCUUACAUUUUCAAGGAAGGGUAAGCCAGCUCACAGUCACCUUGUGGUGCACUUCAUAUGUACACACUGAGGAGUGAGUUGUUACAGUCAUCUUUGUAGCUUUUGUUACAUCUUUUCCAAAUCUUUGAAUUUUAUUGACAUGACUCUUUACAAGUCAAGAGUAACUUUUUAACAGUUUGGUAGUCUGUAUCCUUCAAGAAAAAGCAUAGACCUGCUGGCUGUCAGUGGUUCCCUUAUGGCAGGGGUUCUCAACUUUUUAAUCUUUGUACCCCUUGAAGUCUUUCUGUAUUGGUCACACACCUCUUACAAGAAUGCAGUCAGAACAUGACAUGUGUGUUCAGGAAUUCAUCAAUAAAUAAUAACAAAUGUGUCCAUGAAUUUAUUGGUGUGUGAUGACAAAUUAUCUGUUCAUAUAUCUACCAGUACCUGUACAUAAAAUCAAAUGUGCUCUUGAAUUCAUCAGCAUUAUAAUUAAUAACAUCAACAAUUAUCUGUGAAUUCAUGGGUCAGUCCAGGUACUAUAGUAGACCUGUCACAUGCCCCAGGCAUUCUCAUGUAUCCCAGGUUGAGAACCCCUGCCUUAUGGGGAGGAUAAGUGAGGGCAGAGAGGGGGCUUCAUCUCACUGUGGAGGGGAAGGAUUGACUUGUAUGAGAGUUGUUUUGAUUAUUAUGAACAGAAUGAGAACAGCAAGGCACAUUAAUGGAAAGGAUUAGUAUUAGUGUGGGCAGUGUGAAGGUAGGGAUAAUUCCUCUUGCAUACAAAACACACAUGUGACAAUGUCAUAUGCAAAAUAUCACUUGACACAGAAUAACUUGAAUUCAUACAAAAAGUUUUGUUGUAAGACAAACUGGUAAUCUGACUUUUCUUACAAUAGGAUGAUCAGGCAAUAAUAUGCCAGUAUUUGCCUGUCAGGCAGGUUGUGUGCAUGUUUUCUUCAUUUUCUGUGCUCUUUGUUUACUACAUGAAAGAUAACCAGUCUUACUUUUAACUGCAUAUAUUUUCUUUGUAAAGUUAAUUAGUUGCACUGUAAUAGAGAAAAUCAGGGCAUAUUCUUACGGAAUACUUUACAGAUGAAAAGUUUAUUUUUGGAGAAUGCUUUAGUUAAUAUAUAAUGAACUCAUGUUA